GCUGGCGGUUGGACAGGCAGCGGGCUCUUCACUUGCCGCUCUGCCGUCCAUAAAAAGAGAUAAAUUUGAUUAACAAUCAGGAAAUUUGAUCCUGGUUGUAGAACUAUUUCAGACUACAGACUUCUGGGCUGUGUUCCCAGUCCAUUUUUCCAGAAAAUCUGGGAAUUCAUUAGUUCUUUGAAGAUAAGGCAAGAAGGUUGCUUUAAUGAGUUGCAGAAAGAAAAGACCUCAUGUUCGUGACCAGCAUUUUGCUGAAGGAGAUGACUUCAUGAAGCUGAGGCCAAGCUACAGGCAAGUCAGAAAGGUGAGAAAUCGCUCCUCAAGACAGAAGUCCACUGAGCUGAGACGUCUUCAACCAGCUCUUCCAGGAAGACCACGGGGCUGCCCUGCCACAGAAAGUUGCUCAAGAAGUCGCUCUGAUGAGCAAACUCACACAACAGAGAAAAAUCCCUCCACUGAAAAGUAUCACAUUGCAGACAAAAGUUCCAUCGAUGAGAAGCACUGCACUACAGUUAAGAGCACCUUGGCCAAGAAGCUUUUGUCAGUGGAGAAACAUCGCAGUGAUGAAAAAUGUCAUGCUACAGAGAAGAGUUCCUCUGUUGAGAAUCACCCUUCUGAUAUAAAAGCUAAUACUACAGAGAAAAGUUCCUCUGCCGCAAAGCACCACUCUGAGAGGUACCUCUCUAGGAAGAGGCUUCACUUAUCUGAUGAAAGUCACUCAUCCAAAAAGCAUCUUUCUGCUGAGAAAGAUCUUCUGGCAGAGAGAGGUCGACUUAUCAAGAAAAGCCGUCCUACAGAAAAAGGUAAUUCUGCAAAGGAAGGUAGUUUCACUGACCAAGGUCCCUAUGGUGAGAGAGGUCGUGCUAUCAAGAGAGGUCAACCUGCAAAGAAAGGUCUUUCUACUAAGAAAGGAUCACUUACUGAGAAAGGUUACAUGGAUGGGAGAGGUUUCUCUACUGAGAACCAUCACCCUGAAGAGAAAGAGCCCUCAGCUGAGAAACAUAGCUCUGAAGAGAGAGAUCAACAGGUAGAAAGAGGCUGUUCUGUGAAGAGAAGACUUUCCACAGAGAAAGAUCUUCCUGCAGGGAGAGGUCACCCCAACACCAGCUGCCCUGUGAAGGAGGGUCACUCAGUUGAAUGGGAUAAUUCUGUGGAGAGAAGACCCUCUUCAGGUCAAGAUCGCCACACAGGGAGACUUCGACCUCAGAAGAAAAACAGUCCUGCAGAGGAGGGUCGCUCAGUCCAAUGGGGUAACUCUGUGGAGAGAAGACCUUCUACAGGUGAAGAUCGCCCCAGAAGGAGAAGUCGGCUGAGAAAGGAAAGCUACUCUGCAGAGAAGGGUCACUCAUUCAAAUGGGGUAACUCUUUGGAGAGAAGACCUUCUACAGGUGAAGAUCGCUCCAGAAGGAGAGGUGGGCUUAGGAAGAAAAGCCACUCUGCAGACAAUAGUCACUCAUUCAAAUGGGGUAACUCUGUGGAGAGAAGACCCUCUCCAGGUGAACGCCCCACAGGGAGAGGUGGACCUCAGAAGAAAAGUUGCCCUGCAGAGGAGGGUCGCUUAGUCGAAUGGGGUAACUCUUUGGAGAGAAGACCCUCUACAGGUGAAGAUCGCCCCAAAGGGAGAGGUGGACUUAGGAAGAAAAGCCACAAUGUAGAGGAGAGUCACUCAUUUGAAUGGGGUAACUCUUUGGAGAGAAGACCCUCUACAGGUGAUGAUCGCCCCACAGAGAGUGGUAGGCUUGAGAAGAAAAGCCACUCUGCAGAGGAGGAUCUCUCAGUCGAAAUGAGUAACUGGGCAAGUAAAGGAACCUCUGCAGGUAUACAUCGCCCUGCAGGGAGAUAUUGCCCCAUCAAAAGCCGCCCUGCAGAGGAGGAUUGCUCAGUGGAAAGGGGUAACGAUGCAAAUAGAGGACUCUUUGCAUGGGAAGAUAUGCCUGCAAGGAGAGGUCUGCCUUCAAAGAAAAGCCACCCUGCAGAGAAUGGUCACUCAACAGAGAGGGGUAACUAUGCAGAGAGGGAACUCUCUGAAGGUGAAGAUUGCCCCACAGGGAGAGGUGGGCUUAGGAAGAAAAGCCGCCCUGCAGAGGAGGGUGGCUCAGUCAAAUGGGGUAACUCUGUGGAGAGAAGACCCUCUACAGACGAAGAUCGCCCCACAGGGAGAGGUGGCCUUAGGAAGAAAAGUCGCCCUGCAGAGGAGGGUCGCUCAGUUGAAUGGGGUUACUCAGUGGAGAGAAGACCCUCUACAGGUGAAGAUCGCCCCUCACAGAGUGGUAGGCUUAGGAAGAAAAGCCACUCUGCAGAGGUUCGCUUAGUGGAAUGGGGUAACUCUGUGGAGAGAAGACCCUCUGCAGGUGAAGAUCGCCCCAAAGGGAGAGGUGGGCUUAGGAAGAAAAGUCGCCCUGCAGAGGAGGGUCGCUCAGUCAAAUGGGGUAACUUUGUGGAGAGAAGACCCUCUACAGUUGGAAAUCGCCCCACAGGGAGAGGCUGGCCUUCAAAGAAAAGCUGCCCAGCAGAGGAUGGUCAAUCAGCUGAGAAGGGUGACUCUGCAGGGAGGCUACCCUCUGCAGAGAAAGAUCGCCCCACAGGAAGAGGUUGGCCUCCGAAGAAAAGCAGUCGUGCUGAGAAACAUCUAUCUGCGGAGAGAAGUUGCCCUCCCAAAAAGAGACGUUUUGCAGAGAAAGGUCUACCCACCAAGAGAUUUCUCUCUGUAGAGAAAAUUCACUCUGGGGAGAGAGGUCACCUUUCUAAGAAAAGUUGCCCUGCAGAGAGACAGCUCUCAGCCAAGAAAGGUCGCAUGGAACAGAAGGGUUGCUCUUUUAAGAAAAUUCAUUCUGGAGAGAGAAGUCAGUCUUCCCAAAGCAGGUGCACUUUUGAGAAAGGUAACACAGUAGAAAAUAGGUGUUCUGUGGAGAAAAGUCAUCACUCCAUGAGGAAAGGCUUUCCUAUAGAGAAACCCUCUUCAGGAUCCAUGCCUAAGGUGCAAGUACAAAAGAACAUGCAGAAUACUCCAGAAAGCAGAAGUGGCAGUGGUACCAGCAAAGUACCCCAGAUCCCUCACCAGAAUGUGGUUGGGGCUGUCAGCACCUUUCAACGGGAGCAGGCAGUGCAGAUGAAAAGGGGAAUUAUAUUGAAUGUGCCCGAAGAACUAAAGCCAUGUCUUGUUCAGGACUGGGACUUGGUAAACAAACAGAAAUGGUUAUUCCAACUCCCUGCUAAGAAGAAUGUAGACACCAUUCUCGCAGAGUAUGUCACUUUUGUGAAAUCACAAGGAAGGGCUGAUAAUAAGGAAUAUUCCGUUGAUGAACUUGUGAUUGGAAUAAGAGAGUAUUUCAACAGUAUGCUGGGCACCCAGCUGCUCUGCCAGUUUGAAAAACCCCAGUAUGCUGAAAUCCACCUUGCUCAUCCUGAUGUUCCAAUGUCUCAGGUUUAUGGGGCUCCACAUCUCCUGAGAUUAUUUGUGAAAAUUGGGACUGCAAUGGUCCAUUCGUCCCUUAAUAGACCUAGUCUUAGGUUAGUAUGCAGCUAUCUGCCUGAUCUUCUUAAAUACCUAGCGGAGAAUUCCAGUUCUCUGUUUAGUGCCAGUAAUUACAAAGUGGCUUCUGCCGAGUAUUGUUGCAAAGCCCUGUGAUGGUCUGCUGACCACUCCCUGUUAUGACCUGGACCAGUAAACAUUUCUGUGUUUACUGUUUUCAUUGUGUAGUUGCUAUCCUUUCAAAUUGUCAAUGUAUAACAGGGCUUAAUAUUUCAGUUUACUUAAUGUUGUGAGCAGAAACAAAAAAUAUUAAAUGCACCUUU